AUGAUUCUCCAUCAUUUUUAAUUCCAAUUAAAAAGUUUUAAUAAUUCUUGAUUAAAUUGUGCGAUCGUUUUGUGCAAAAGUUUUAUUACCGUUGUAUCGGAAGCCAAAAACUGAACAGGAUCGUUCGAUCGAGAGAAUAAGAAAUGAUGGAUUCGGUAUUUCGUACUCGGUCACUUGGUACGGCAGCUGAGGGUGUUCGCGACCAAUACGCGGAUGGGAGAGCAGCCAAGGUCUGGGAGGUGUUCAUCGGCGACAAGAAGCAAAGAACCCAGAAUUAUCGAGAUUUUCUGGUGGGUUUGCUACGAGCAAAAGGGUGCAAUAGGAUCCUAGACGUGGCCUGCGGCACGGGCGUAGACUCGGUAAUGCUUCUCGAGGAAGGCUUCGAGGUGGUCAGCGUCGACGCUUCGGACAAGAUGCUCAAGUAUGCGCUGAAGGCCAGAUGGCAACGUCGAAAGGAACAGGCUUUCGAUAACUGGGUUAUCGAAGAGGCGAAUUGGUUGACCCUGCCGAACGAUAUUCAUCAUCUGCUAGGAGAGGGUUUCGAUGCGGUGAUUUGCUUAGGGAACAGUUUCGCCCACAUGCCAGACUCGUUUGGCGACCAACGAGAACAGAGGCAAGCGCUAUUAAAUUUCGAGCGUUGCGUGAAACCCGGAGGUUUGCUGUUGAUCGAUCACAGAAAUUACGAUUACAUAAUCGAAACUGGCAACAUACCCCCAAAAUGCAUAUAUUACAAUAGCCAACACAUGACGACUAUCAAGCCAUCGGUGUUGUUCGUCUCUGGGAAACCAGCGAUCGUCACCCUCGACUACAUGAUCAACGUAGACGACCCUCACGAGGACGAAAUUGGAGAGCACAUCAGCGAGUUUAGGCUCUCUUAUUAUCCCCAUAGACUGAAUGUGUUCACGAACAUGCUGGACGAGGCGUUCUACUACAGGGCGAAGCACACAAUCUACGGAGACUUUAAGCCUCUCGAUGAAGUCAAGCAACCCGGCUUCUACAUACACGUAAUGGAGAAACCUGUCUAAGAAUCGCGUCGCUGCGAUUGAUUCGUUAUUAUUCCUUAUUAAGCGAUCUUAACGCCGUCUGGUGAAUCUGCUUCCUGCCGAAACGAUAGUCUUCCUUCAGAUGCAUGCCAUGAGAUUUUUGUGUUUGUUCGAUUUCGUCACGCUGGCGUACAUUCGUUUCUAUUUUAAAACUAGGAAUCGAGGAACCAAGCUUUUAUUUUUGAGUUUUUUUUUUUUGCAUUCUCGUGUAAUAUUUUCAAAAUAAGGAACAGAACAAAAAUGAAAGAAUAAGGAAUUAUCUAUCAUUGUACAUAUUUACUAUUACAUUUAAAAAAAAAAAUUAAUUUUAGUUAAUUAAUUAAUGUAGUUAACAUUAGUACUUAUCUUCUGUGAGUAAUGCACCAUUCGACAUUUUAAUUACAAUUUAUCGUUUAAUAAAUAUUUCUCACUGUUAAAUACCAAAUAUUUUUAACGCGCUAAACGCUUUUCCUAUCGUAAAAUUUAUCUUCGAAUAUAACUGGUUAGUUUUUUAAUUACAAUUAAGUAUCGAUUAUUAGAAUUUUGUUUCUUUAAGGGGCAUAGACUGAUCACAAAAUUUAGCUCCUCUUUUUCUGGACUGCAUUUCGCAUCGUGAAUUAUUUUUGUGUCGAUUUUAUUUUUUUUUACUGGAUCGCUUAUCGUUAGGUUUCACUUUUAAUAUUUUGUAUGUACAGAAUAUUUGAUAAGUCACUGGAAAAUUAAAAGAGAUAAUAUAAUAAAAAAAAAAAAAACAAA